AUGACAUGGGAAAUUGCUCAUAAUAUUGACAGUCUUCUAGUUAAAGAUGAGAAGAGAGUUGGUGUAGCGGGCUUUGAUUUGACUGUGAAUGCAAAUGAAGAGGACAGCAACCCUGAUCUGGCUGAGUGUGUGAAAGGUUUACAGUUUAAAUUAUUGAAUUGAUCAUAAAAUUAAUAAAUAUUUACGAUAAUACUGAAGCAACAAAACGAGAAUAUGAAACAAUGUUAAUGAAAAAAAGAGCUCCUUGAAUUAACCUAGAAAAAACCUUCAGAUUGAAAUUUAUGACUCAGUUUUAUAAGUUGUUUGGUUACAUAACAUCUGGGGGUGAGGACCUUUUUCUUAGUAUGUAGGGACUCACUACUGAUAAAAGUGAGUUAUCACGCAAAACGUAUUGAUGUAUAUCCCAGAUGUAAAAUAUGGGCUUGGUGAUCCCAGAAAAUUUAAAAUCAUUUCUUUCUUUCAAGGCUAAACUCAGCAACAUUGUCAAGAGUUAAAAAAUAAAAGCAGUUAAAAUCGUUGUGCCAUUCCGUCAAGUGAAACUUCAAACUUCAGUUGUUAUUUAUGACAUCCAGGAUAUUUUCCCCAGCAUUCUAAGCUUGCUAAUAUCAAAGUUUGUGGACAGCUGUUGGCUUACACUGUAGGAUGCUAUCCUCAUAAUAAUAUUAUUUGUGAGCCAGAUUGUUAAAUGGAUGGUUUACCAGUUUUUGUAUAACACAUCACCCUUAAUAGUGUCAACCUGUGUGGUAAGCAUUCGAAAAGGGAAGGAGGAAUUAUAGUGUGCAAAAAUGUUAUUUAGCCCCUCUGGUUUUCAUGCACCCGAAUUUCCCUUUUCUCUUUUCUAAUGCCUAUUACAUGUUGUGUUAAAAAGGCUUUUCAUAAGAGCCUUUAAUUAUUUUUAGUGCCAUGGCUGGAUGAAGCUUGGGAAUUUUCACAUGCAGGUGAAUGGCAGAAAAUAUUCUGGUCAAACAUACAAAUACCAAGUGAACUGAUUGCUCAAUUCUCAAAAGGUGUGAAAAUAGAUAUUAACAUUAGUUACACUUAGUACCUGGAGGAUUGGGAGGAUCUCACAUGCUUCUAGAUUAUUGUGUAGUCUUUGGAAGAUAGGUCUCUUUAAAUUCUAACUUUCUUGAGAAAAUUGACAAAAUAAGGAGUAUCUUAGAUAAUUGGUCGGCUAGAAGACCGACCCUCUUGGGUAAAAUUACAAUCAUAAAAACUCUGGCCGUAUCACAAAUCGUCUACAUAUUGUCAUCUCUUCCUAUACCUCCUGACAUACUCAAGACAAUGAACUCUAUAUUGUACGAUUUCCUGUGGGACGGUUAUAACGGCGAUAAUAUCAAAAGGACGAUAAUGAUAAAUAAUUACGCGAAAGGAGGACUUAAGAUGUUAGAUAUUCAAAGUUUUAAUGAAUCCUUGAAAAUGAAAUGGAUCUUAGUGAAGAAAAUAAAGGGAAGUGGAAACUUUUUUUUGACCAUUACUUAGGGGAGUACAAAGGAAAACUAUUGUUCCGAAGCAAUUUGAAACAGCAAGAUUCUACACUGCUCAACGUCAAAGACCCUUUAUUAAAAGAAAUCAUACAGUACUGGACAAAAUUUAAUUACAAAGACAAUAACCUCGAUUUUGCCUUCACAUAUAUAUGGUACGACUCUCACAUUAGAAUUGAAAAUCGUCCAUUCUUCUACAGAUCAUGGUUGAGCGCGGGGAUAAAGGAGAUUAGAGAUCUGUUAGAUAACGACCAGAAUUUUCUAGGCUAUAACGCCUUCAUAGAUAAAUAUAGCAUCAAAACCAACUAUCUCGAAUAUCACAAAGUGAUAUCUACCGUAGCUCACUACAGCUUAUCAUGACCCAACUCCAAAGGAUCCAGUUGUUACCUUUCUGUCUCACACCAAAGUUUCCAAGAAAAUUUAUGAAUGGCUAAUAAACGAAAAAGCUUCUAUACCACCAAGAAGUCAGGGAAAGUGGUUGGAAUAGAGAGUCGUACAUUGUAAUCUUAGUAUAAUAGUAAAUUGGGAAAAUACGUAUUGCCUAUCAUUUAUCCUCAGUGUACAAGAGAGUCAAAGCUUAGAGCGUUCUAAUUUAAAUUCCUUCACAGAAAAAUAGCCACAAAUGACUUUCUGUACAAAAUAAGUAUCAAACAAACAGAUUCCUGCUCCUUUUGCGAGGAAAUAAACCCUUGUUCAUCUAUUCUGGACUUGCAAACACACUCAGAACUUCUGGAAGAGCAUGUUCAAGUGGAUCUCUCAAAGUUUCAAAGAUUUAGAAAACGUCUCUCCCUCCUUGUCUCUCUGUUUCGGUCUCAUUGACGACGUAAAAGACCUUCUCUUUCAUCACCUACUCCUUAUAGCUAGACAUUACAUAUACACCUGCAGAACGAACUUCAGGUGUAUAUACAGGUACGAUAGAAAUUGAAAAGCAGAUUGCUUUCCACAAUAACAACUCAAACGUCUUUGUACGGACAUGGUCUCGCUUUAAAAAUAACCUCUUACAAAAUCUAUUGCAUUAACAAUAUAUAAGAAGCAUAAAACGUAGGAUCCCUUGACUUGAAAUCAAAUAUCUUGUAUGACGUUUUGUGUGAUUUUAUUUUAUUACAUGUACGUACUUUUUGCUUGAUUUAUUUGUUUAUUUUAGUCUCGUACCUUUCUGUUUUUGGUGGCAAUAUUUGUUUUCUUUGUUUAGUCAUACAAAUUAGUUGCAUACUCGAAACAUCUCUAUGUUUUUCAAUUGCUUUGUAAAAUGUAGAAUCCCUUGAAUUGAAAUCAAAUAUCUUGUAUGACUUUUUGUGUGAUUUUAUUUUACCAUAUGUAUAUGCCACUACAUGUAUGUAUGCCAAUACUUGUUGUGGCAACAUGACAUAACAUAACAUUACAUUACAUUACACUACAUUACUUACAUUACAUAACAUUACUUACAUUACAUAACAUAACAUUUUAUAAAAUAACUAAGAUAGUACGCGCGCUCUGAUUGGCCGAGAGCAGUGUUUGCAUGAGAGUAUGUAAACAUGGUUGUGGCGUCAAGUUGUUUGGUUUUUCGCGCGCUAAUCACGCAAGCACAAAUUUGAAAAAGUUUUCGAGUUCAAAACUCAAAAAGUUUACUUUAUUUACCCAUUCCUUCGUCGGCUGAAACUUGGAAAAUCGUUACAAAGAAGGUGUGUACAUUUUUCUUCGCUUAAGCUGACCGUUUUAAGCGAGAAAAAUCCGUAUUUUGCAAAGCAUCUUUUUGCAAAACAAAAACUGAUUGCGCGUGCAAGACUUCGUGGACAAGAUUUUGCGACUGGUAAGAAUUUCUCUUUUAAUCAGUGCCUUACAAAGAUUUUUGCGUUUUUUUCUCGGGAAAGUUAUUUUAUAAAAGCAAUAGAAAACUUUUUUCCUGUGUUUGCAUAGCCUGAUAUAAACACUCGAGGCGUUGGGAGAAUUCUCGACAGUUAUGCAAACCCUCGACUUCGUCUCGGGUUUGCAUAACUGUCUCGAAUUCUCCCAACCCCUCUCGUGUUUAUAUCAGGCUAUGCAAACACGGAAAAAGUUUUCUAUUGCUUAAACAUAACAUAACAUAACAUAACAUAACAUAACAUAACAUAACAUAACAUAACAUAUCAUAUCAUAUCAUAUCAUAUCAUAUUAUAUCAUUUCAUAACAUAACAUUACAUUACAUUACAUUACUUACAUUACAUGACCUAACAUUACAUUACAUAACAUAACAUAUCAUAUCAUAUCAUAUAUCAUUUCAUUUCAUUUCAUAACAUAACAUAACAUUACAUUACAUUACUUACAUAACAUAACAUAACAUAACAUUACAUUACAUUACUUACAUUACAUAACAUAACAUUACAUUACAUAACAUAACGUAACAUUUCAUAUCAUUUCAUAACAUAACAUUACAUUACAUUACUUACAUUACAUAAUAUUACAUUACAUUACAUUACUUACAUUACAUAACAUAACAUUACAUUACAUCACAUCACAUCACAUAACAUAACAUAACAUAACAUAACAUAACAUAACAUAAAAUAACAUAACAUAUGGUAUGAUAUCAUAUCAUAUAUCAUUUCAUUUUAUUUCAUUUCAUAACAUAACAUUACAUUACAUUACAUUACUUACAUAACAUAACAUAACAUAACAUUACAUUACAUUACAUUACUUACAUUACAUAACAUUACAUUACAUUACAUAACAUAACAUAACGUUUCAUAUCAUUUCAUUUCAUUUCAUAACAUAACAUUACAUUACAUUACAUUACUUACAUUACAUUACAUUACAUUACAUUACAUUACAUUACUUACAUUACAUAACAUAACAUUACAUUACAUUACAUCACAUCACAUCACAUAACAUAACAUAUGAUAUGAUAUCAUAUCAUAUAUCAUUUCACUUCAUUUCAUUUCAUAACAGAACAGAACAGAACAUUACAUUACAUUACUUACAUAACAUAACAUAACAUAUCAUAUCAUAUCAUUUCAUUUCAUUUUAUUUCAUAACAUAACAUAACAUAACAUAACAACAUAACAUAACAUUACAUUACAUUACUUACAGUACAUAACAUUACAUAACAUUACAUAACAUAACAUAACAUAACAUAACAUAUCAUAUCAUAUCAUAUCAUUUCAUUUCAUAACAUAAUAUAAGAUAACAUAACAUAACAUAACAUAACAUAACAUAAAAUUACCAUUUGAAAAAAAGAAAACAGAUUAUUGUGUAGUUCCAGAAAAUAUCCAUACUCCCCCAACAGAAGGGAUUGGAAAUUCCUGAGGGGAGGGGGGCUCUCAAAGGCCCGAAAUCUUAAAUUAAUGUAUGAAACAUGAUUGGAAUUUCCAGAGAGGUGGGUCGGGGGGGGGGUCUAAGGAAGAAUCCCUUCUGUGGGGGAGGUAUAGAUAUUUUGAGAGACCGCAUUGUAAUAUUUGAAUAAAGAUACUUAAUUUGUUGCAUGACAAAUUUGUUUUCCUUAAGUGACCAUUAUGAAUAUUAUGGUCAGGCAAUGUGAGGCCAAUGCAUGGAACUAAGAAGUAUUGGGUUGACAAAGUCGGUAGGUCCUAUCGUUUGCCAAGUAAUAGGAUUACAUUACUGUAUUCUUGGUUCCAGAUGUCUCACAAGCUGCCGGCAAAAUCCGAACUGGUUGCCAAGGAAAACACAUUUCAUGAAUCAGUAAAGCGCAGUCAGUAAAUCUUUAUGUUGAAUAUUAGAUAAUUUAAUUUGAUUUGAGAACCUCUAUGGUUAGGCACAGUACUGUACUUAUUAGAAUCCCAAGUAAUGCAUUGUACGUACUGGGAUAUCUUUUAUUUUUAUUUCACCAUGAUGAUGUUUUGCAAUUUAUUUACUUAUUGCAACAUAAUAUUUUUAUGUUUAUUUUCAUCAGCUCUCUCAUCUCCACUGGCAUUUAGCCUGUCAGCACCCCAGAAGUUCCUAAGUUUCCUUCAAGAUUUUGAUAGUGAAGACGUUCGGAUAAUUGGGACUCAAAUCCUGGCAUCACUCAAGAUCAAUGAUGGUGUGUUGUAAAGUGUUAAUAAUAUUACAGUUGAUUUUGUUGUUGUUGUUGUUUUUUGUAGUUGUUUUUUUGUUUUUGUCUUUGUUCCUUAAAAAGUCAAGGUUUUUUUUUUUUUGUAUAACUGUAGGAUGAAAGAAUAUUAAUGCUAAAUUGGGUCCGGACUACAACAGAGGUCAAAAUAACCUGGGACACUGUAUAAAAACCCUUCAAGUACAUGUAACUCCUAAUAACAUUUUUUUUGAUUGGCUUUGGGUUCAUCACUUAACCCCUCUUUCUCCCCCCCCCCCCCCCCCCCCCAAAAAAAACCCUUUUCCCCCCUCUUUUUUUGAUUCUCAUUUUUUUUGUUUUGGGGGGGGGGGGGGCCAUUUUUUUUUUUUUUUGUAAAUUUUUUGGGAGAAAAAACGCAACGGGGGGGGUGUUUUUGUGUUUUUUUGGGUGUUUUUUUCCCCAUUUUUUUUUUUUAAUUGCUUUUAUUUUUUUUUUUUUCUUAAUAAAAAUUGUGUUUUUUUUUUUUUUUAGUAUUUUGGAGAAAAAAAUUUAAUUGUAAAAUUUGGUUGGGGUCAAAAAGAGGGUAAAAAAAAACGGGGUAUCUUUUUAAAAACCUUUAAUUUUAUAUUUUUUCUUAUAACUUUUUUUUUUUUUUGGCUUUGGGUUUACACUUUAACCCCUUUUUCCCCCCCCCCCCCCCCCCGCCUCAAAAAGGACUCAUUUCCACCCAUGUUGUUCAGAGUUCAACUUGUUUGGAUUGGGCGGGGUGAGGUCACUAGUUUUGCUAUUAGUGAAAUGUUUUGGAGCAACACACGUCAAGCGGAAGUAGUCUGUUUUUGUUAUUGGGCAGUGUUUUCCCCAAAUUUUUGGCUGAAUUGCCUUUAUAAAACUAAAGGCCCGCAGGAAUACAAAUUUUGAAGCAUUUUUGCAGAUUAAAAGGGAAACUGUCUCACUUCUGGUCAACGUGCAUUGCUCAAACACGUCUUUGCUUAAGCUCCCAACACUUUUGACCUGCAUUUUAGCUAUACUUCUUUCACUAGAGCCACUGUUCUUUUGGUGAAUGUAGUCUGCCCACAGUUCGUAGCAAGCCGUCCACAUGUUCCUCAGUACCCUCCCAUCAUAUUAGGCUGGCUGACAUUGCUAACUGAUUUGACUUUGCAAAACUGGAUUCUUUUAAUUGAGGGAAUCUCUAGGCGUGGACAACUUUUAUAUGAUUGAAUUCAUUUGUGUUCAGUAAUUAUCGGUUAAUAACUCGAUAAACAGUAUUAAAGUACAAUAAAAAAUUCGGCUUAUACCAGUUCUCUUCUGCUGGUUUGUGAAUAUAGAGCCUGAACAAACGGAAAAACUGAAUGAACUGGUUGCAUCUUGCGAUAACAGAAUACUGAUUGGUCUUGCCAGAUUACCAGGACUUGACACCAGGCUCCUGGGAAUACAUAGGCUAGAAUCUGAGGUACACUUACAUUUACAUCUAGCAAUUAUUAACUCUGUGUAAAAACAAACAGACAAACAAAAAAUAACAACAACAGAAAUAUCACAAACAAGAAAAUUACCUUGUGCAAAACUAAACUUCCGAAAGACCUGAAACUUAAUUUAUUGACAAACGAGAUUUCUGCGAGAAAAAUGUGAGAAAACUGGGUAACGCUUACUAAUUUACCCUCUCACUUUCUGGAACGAGCUGGGACAAGCUGAUGUUAAGGCAAAGGACGUUUUCCAGAGCGUCUGGAAAAUGUUUUUUAGUUGUUGUUGCUGUUUAAAACUAAAAAUGUUACUAUGAUGGCGGACGACAACGAGAACGUCAGAAACCACGCAACAGGUUUAUUAGGCUUAACAACAACCAUCUGCACUUGGUAUUGUUUGUUUACCUUCAAUGUGCGACUGCGAUGUAAAAUUUCCUAAUUAUUUCAAUUUUUAUGGAGAUGGUAACAAGUUGCGGCAAAUAAUUCCAUCUAUUUUGUUGUUUUUGUUUGUUUGUUUUUAUAAUUGAGUGCAGUCGCUAAGAAUCCUACUCUAGUCACUCCAGAAGAAAAAAAUGUCAAACAAAUAAAGCAGCAGAAAGAGCAUUUGAUUUUAAUAUUAUACAGAUUAGGUUUAGGUUUUCUAUUUGUUUGUUUUCAUUUUACAUACGUACCAACCGCCAGGUUUUCGGGGUGUUCAGCGGGUGUGCUGGGUUUUAACAUGCCCGUGGUAUUUGCCUUCAUUUGACACAUUUUGAGAGAUGGAAUAAUCGCGAGGAAGUCUACCGUCGCCUUCGAGCAAGACAGUGUGGCAACAGUGACAAUAGCCUGCCAAUACGGCGGCCGUCCCACCUCGUUCCUCGAGUAGAUACCGAUAGCAGUACGGCAAGUUGAGUACCGGUAGUUGUGUUCAGUCCUUUCUGCGCGCUUCGGCGUCAUUCUCAUUUGACGUUGAAACUUCCAAAUGAUAGAGAGGAGGUAACACCUUAGUACUAUAUUAGUCUUGCUUCAUCAUUUUUAAAUGUGCUAAAUACUACUUUUUAAACUGUUAGUAAUAAAGAGGGUUUUCUUUCUUUUUUUUCUUUUCUUCUGCAUGGCCGGAAGGUUGAAAUACCAUCCCCUGGAUCCAUUGAAAGUGAUCUGAAAGCCUUACUGUUGAAGUUACCUCUUUCUGGUCUGGAUCCUUGCACAAUAUGGUUCACCAGGAAUGCAAUCUUAACCGGGAAGUCAGCAAGCCAGCAUCGCAGGGUAAGAUAUAUACACUUGUGAUGAUAAUUAAACGUUUACAGGGCUAAGAUACUGCCCUCGCCAUUUGUUAAUUAUUUAAAUAUAAGUAUUUGUCCAGCCGGGAAUCGAGUCCACAACUUCUCGCCUUACCGACCGGAGAACUAACAGAUGAGCUAAGCAAAUCAUUUAACGUUUGGUAAUUUUGCUGCGAACAACAAUUCAUCUUUAUAGCGAUAGGCCGACUAAUAAUACGUGUUGACAUAAUUAUGCAUAAGCAUAUAUAAAUGAAAAGUAAAUCAAAAACCGGGUCUGUGCAAUAUAAGCACAGGCAUAUUUAAGCAUAUGCAUUAAAAACAAACUUUUUUAAUUUUCUUGUGUUUGUACUUAAUAUACCUGUGUGGAAAGUGUAAACCAGCGCGACGCAAGUAGAAGCCUUUAAAACAUGGCGUCCGUCACGAAGUCCUUCAGUUGCAUCCGUCGCCCAAAUUUCAAUAUGUUUACAUUGCGCGUGUUAUCAUUCUUAUGCAAGUGAUUACUUCUACGUGUAAACCAGCGCAGGAAACGAAGUACGAGUAAUGUUUUCCUUCUGAUCAGUUCUGAUUGGUUUAAGGCCGGCUUAGCAGGUUUUUUUACGAUUGUUUGCCCCAUCUGGGACCCAAAACGUGAGGCGAAUACAAUAAUCAGCCCUAUUUUCUUAUAUCUUUUAGACUACAACAAAUUUUAGAAACUUGCUCAAUUUUAAACUGAUUUUUUUUCCCCAAACUUUCCGAAGGAUAGAAAGAUCGGCCUGAUGAAUUGUAGCGUGUAUGUUUGUCGUUUUGUUAAGCCGACAGAUGGCGACAAAACGUGAAUUUUCUCUAUUGCAAUUACAGACUAGUCAUGAAAACUUGCUUGGCUUUAGGAGGGUGGAAUGAGGGGCUUAAGCCAAUCACGAGACGAAACGAUGCUUUACAAAGUCGUGAUUGGACGCUCAUCAGGAAAUCAUCUUCAUGCUAAUUGUUGUAUGUCGUUUUUUCCUUGAUAUCCACAGCCUCUGUUUUGGAGUUUCAGUGGUGAUAGCUUGUCCUUUGCGCACACGCUCAGCUCUAUGCCAGCAGAACUGGUGGAAUUGUAUUACCUCAAAGCUCUUACCAGGCACUCUAUGGUAGAAAUACAGUUUGCUACGUAGUAAUACGUCCCUGUUUAUCUUGAGCGCUUACCAUAUGUCAGAACUGGCUGGCCAGACCAGUCCAAUCGUAAGGAGAAUUACACUAGUAAUCAGGACUAUCUAGCCGGAUCAGUUUAUUCCUAAAUGGUAUACUCAGAUGUUAUGGGUUGUUGUAAAAAAGACUGGUGCGUCCGGCCAGUUCUAACGUCCCAAAACGGAAAAGGGUGGUUCGCUUUAGGAACUACAGGUAAAGAAGCACACUCGAAAAACGAUGACACGCGCGUCUUAUCGUCGUCUUACAAAUUCGAGCGGGCGGAAUCCUCCAAAUCCUGCAAUCUGAUUGGUUCCGGGAGAGGGCGGUAUUUUGUUUUCGAUCUUACCUCGGUACUCAAGACCUCGGGCACAGUUUCACCCAAUACGGACCUCCUAGCCGGUGAAUAACAUAUAUAUAUAUUAGCCGAGUGGCAUACUAGGUGCCUACAGCUCGAUAUAAAAUGCCACUAAAAUCACGAAACUAUUCUAAGGAUUUUGUCCGGGACAUUAUUUAGAGGGAUUGGGUCAGCCUUGUCAAAGCGAAUAGGUGAAUCAGUCAACGUGCUCUUUCGUAAUAACGGGGUGGUCAUUCGUCUCGGGGGAGUGAUCAAAAGGCGGGGUUUUCAGUGUACUUUCGUUUCAAAAUAGCAGCUUAGUCAAUAUUAUCGUUGCAGGUCCCAAGCCAUCGCUCUCUAAUGGUGGAAAAUGGAGUUUUAGAUGUGAUAUUCCGUGAAAUUAAGCACCGCUUUCACAGCCUGAGAAUCAAACGAGAAAUCGGUAUGUUACUUGGUAACCUGGCUCUGGAGGAAAGUGCCCAUGAUGGCAUGGUGGAACAAGGUUGGUUGCUCGGUGAAUGCUCUAAAACGACCACUUAAAAUUAACUACGAAAACGGGCGCAGUAACGAUCGAAAAUAUAUUUUUCACUUCCGGCAGCUGUCGCCAGGCGGACUACUUUUUUACGUCACGGGAACUUGAUCUGUUUGAGAACUGGAAUUUCAUAAUCCAAGCGUCCUAAUUUUCGGUUAGGAAGGGUGUAUUCUCUUACCGUUUAUCAAAACCAUAAGUUUCUUUCGCAUCACAAAAAGUCGGCUUUUUGCUUCAAUCUUAAGUUAACACACCCUUGUCCUUCUAUUUUGUAGGUUGCUUACCGCUUCUACGUUCGUGGCUGUACUCUGAUGUAAGUUGAAAACACACAGGGGGAACUUAGGCUUUGUCCACACGAAUGCGGAUAGUUUUGAAACCGCAUACGUUUUUACACGGACCGGCCUUCCGUCCGCACAAAAAAAAAUAAUAAUGUAGACGCUGCAGAAGAUUUCACGCAUGAAUUUACCUGUCAAAAUUUUGACAAGUUGGGGAGACUAGGUCGUUCCCGCAGUUUGAUCAAGCAAAAAGCGAGGCCUUAGAAAUUUAUUUCCGAAAAUUUUGAAGUAAAGUUAGGUGCAAACGGAAACAACUCCCAACAUUGUUGCGCCAACAAUGUUGGGAGUCGUUGCGUCCGUGUUGGCAGUGGUGUGCUAACGGAUGCAACAACUCCCAGUAAUGUUGGGAGUUGUUGACUGAAAAGUUUGACCGGUUUCAAACUUUGCGCAACAACAUCCAAUAACAUACAACAGGGUGUGCAAACGGACGCAACAUGUAACAUCCAACAAUGUUGGGAGUUGUUGGCCAACAAUGUUGCGUCCGUUUGCACGUAGCCAAAGACGAAGACAAGACUUCAUCUAUAUUUUUACACCCUGUUGGUGAUAAGCGGAAAACCUAAGAAAUGUGAGAUAAAUGACCGCAAGACACUUUUUUGUAGGACUUGGCUCUUUUCAGUCACGCUGUCCGAACCCUGGCGAAUCUUGAUCGAGACUUUUGUAAGGAUGAGUGUUACGAGGACGGUGUUUACCUUCUUCAUCCCGAGGGACGGUACUCGUAAGUAGAAUACUCUUGCUACAAUCCCACGGAGCUACAAUUCAGACUUAAAGGGACGUAUUUAUUCCUCUUAAGAGGGUUUGAUUGAUUAUUGAAGUCACAUGGGCUCUGGGAUCGAAAUUGCCAAAGUGUGGGGUGAAGAGUUUAAAUUUGGUGUCUGAAUUGAGAAAUGCUUUUCUUACUGGCCUGUAAUGGGAUCUGCAUUUUGAGCUGGCAAAAGAUAAGAUGUUAGGUCUCUUGUCUGAAACGUGUACUAAACAAUUAAAAUGUACAAGUGAGGAAAGGCUAAGUUCUCGUUCUUCCCUCAGCUCCAAGAUUGCAGCUGACGUCAUCUUUGUCCACGGGCUCCGUGGAGGUCCUUUCAUGACUUGGAGGCAGCAGGAAAAGAACGCUGCGAAGAAAGACGGUACAGACUGCUGGCCUAAGGUAUUUGCUUGUAAAACUGUGUGACGUAACAUAUCUUGCAACUUACAAACACGUAAGCAAAUAAUUUCAUAACAGCAAGUAUUAUUUAUUAGUCUCUUCCUUUAGCUGCGAAACUCUGAAAACACAAGUGUUUCUUUUUUUUUUUUUUUCAUGUGCGCGCGCCAAAUGGGGAGUCAUGGCCCCAGGAGUUCUUAGCGGAGACCAUGGGAAGUGGGAAUAAGAAUGGCGGCGUGACAAAAGCCAUGCAUAGAAAGCCUAGAAAAGAUUAAGGCGAAAGAUGCUGAGCCUUUCCAGAACGGGUCAGUCCACGAAUUCUAUCGCUUGAAAGCGUUGAUUACUUUGAAAGAAAUGAUUACUUCAGUUGCCAAGAAAAAAUAAGAAUCUUAAUGCAAUACUUCGACGGCGAGGCUAACUGGUCAGGUCUUGUAAACGUUCAUUGUAUGUAAAUAUGUCUUGUAAUGAGCAUGCUGUUUAUUUUCGGCGAUGAUUGAAAUCACGCGCCAUGUUCAUUUCGUUUCUGCUCUUUGGCAAUGAUGUAAUUUCUGUCGAAUCCAGGCCCUUGAUUUUCGUGUAUUUACGCACACUUUCUUAAUCAAUUCAGAAACAAAUCGUCGAAUACGAUAUGAAAAGUAGAUAUCCUGAAGAGUACUCGACCGUCGAUAAAGUAGGAAGUGAAAAACAUUUAGCAAAGAGAUCCUGUUUUGUGUAGAAUUAAUCGCCUCAUCAUUUCUUAUCUAAUCUCCAAGCAAUCGAGACUUUUAGGAGCGUUCUUGCUCAAAAUAUUUCUCCGAAUAUGACUGGCUAAAUUCCCACGGAUAAUUAAUCAUCACCAGCUACUGUUGACCAAAUUUGGAAGAAGUUUGCGACAUUUGAAAAAUGACGUCAAUUUUACAGCAUAAUUGCCAGAAUACUGGACAGUUAACCGAGAAGACCUGGGGACGAGGUUGGGUUGUUUUUGGUAGUGAGUACAUAAUGGGGGAACAUUUCACUCGUUUCGCGAGGAAGAAAUAAGCGAACUAUUAACAAAAAACAUGGCAAGAACAUUAAUAAUACAACUCGGGGGACGACAUCUGCUAUUGGGAGAAUAUUUGCAGAACUAAACAACCCUUUUUCUCCUAAACUUGCCGAUAAAUAGGCAAUUGAAGAUGAACUUAACAUCGAUGGAGGUAAGCAUGGUUUAGCUUGUUUUUAAACUAGGAAUUAUUUUGAAUGAAUAAUAAAACAACCAUUGAAUUCGGCUUUCGUAUCAUCAGAAGAAUUAUGUGGAUCUCGGAGGGUGUUAUCGCCGAGGCCGAUUUAACAGCCUCCUUCUCCAUAAUUCUUCAGAUGAUACUCAGCCCCAUCCAAUAAUUUUUAAUUAUUAGAUAAAUAUUGCGUUGUUGACCAAGCGUGAGGUCAAGAUCGCUUGUUUUGGCGUUUUUAUCGACAGAGAAUUAAAAGACGUCGAGGUAAAUAAAUAAACGAGACCACUACCAAACAGUUUUGGAGUUAAGAUAUGGCUAAAACAAAAUCUGUUUUUGCAGGACAAAGCCGAAAAUUCCGAGCGCUCGGUUAGCCAAUCAGAACGCAUCAUCGCUUCUACGUGCCCGCUCGCGGAAUAGGCCAUAUCAUCUUGUAUUAGGUGCUUUGCAUUUCACGGGGUACAAAAUCCCCAUGCUAUAGAGCAAGAGAUGCACUCGGAAAAGAUAAACAAACAGUUUACAUCAUUUAAAAUGGUAAUCUCUUUUGUUGUUUGUUGUCUUCUCCAAGUGCCUCUCUUGCUCUCUAGUAUGGCAGUUUGUACCAAGCGAAGACUGGCUGAAAAGGGCCUAAAAUCCUAGUGAUCAUCGUAAGACCAUCUUGUAAUGUAAAUUCGAGGACAUUCGUGCGCGUAAGCGUAUCCUCUACUUGAAACGUGCUUUUUACUUUGUUGUAGUCAUGGCUGGUACGUGAUAUUCCUAACAUCCGUGUCCUUAUGGUUGAGUAUGACACUUCACUCUCACAUUGGGUAUCUCAAUGUCCUCAGGAACCUGAGACGUAAGUUUAAGUACACUUGUCGUCCUGUGUAAAUUCCCUUUUACACCCAUUUGUUUAAAGCAAACAAAAAAAAUUCCUUAUCCCUAGAUCAUGAUGACUAGAUCGACAACUAAUUAUGGUUUUACAAUAUGCCCUUGUUAGUCGGUCCUUGAUGUAUCGAAGCGAGGAGAUAAGACGCAAGUUACGAAAAGCAGGAGUGGGUAAAAGGCCCGUGAUAUGGGUGGUUCAUUCCAUGGGAGGUACGUUAUUCAUAACUGAAUACAUAUCAGAACGACUUUUUGUGAAAACUUCAGUGUCAGUGCAAAAAGUUUACGAGUCAUUGCAUUUUGUAAAAAUUCAGGGAAAGACUUGGCAAGUCAGUGAAGAGUCACUUAUUUUAGCUGGUUGCUACAGGUUUUCGUGAAGAUGAGAGACAUUACUUUUAGUCAAUCGGAUUCUCUUACUGUUUUUUGUGAAAACGUGAACGGAUUGAAAAUGAAGAAAACGAUACUAAUGAGUUGCAGAAAGCAGGAGAAAAUAUAUUAAUGCAAUGUCAGGAAAAAUCGUGUCAAAGUCAGCGAGUUUUUUGCCGUCCAGUGGCGGGUGUGGCAAUCGUUGAGAUUCUCCAGAGUAAAACCAAAUCCAGAUAAAGGACACUCAGGCUAAAAGAGAGAAGAAACAAUCACCGCGUAAAGUAAACGUGCCUUCCACUUAUCCGCGCUUAGCGAAGUAAAUAAUUUAUUUCGCCCAUUUCGAGCGCAAAAGUACAUGCACUGUUGGCAGUAACCUAAAGGGGCUGUUCAAGGCUGGCUGGUUCAUUUUGUUUAUAAUGCCAAUAACACGUCCUUAUUAGCUAUGAAACUGACAAAUUAUUUGUGAAUGAGGAAAUUAGAGCUUUGUGUCUAACAAAUGCGUCUCCCAAACAAUAUUUCAAAAGUUGCAAACAACGAAAAUGAAUUUUGGUGAACUGUUAGGCUAACAAGGUUUUGAAAACCACAAUUGCAAUCCGUUUUAAUCUUCUUCAAGUUUGUCCAUCCGUGUCUCCUUUUGCAUUUACUGUGUUAUUUAUACCCUCUUUUAACGUUUUGAGUAGUCAUUUUUAUGUUUAACUCCAUUUGGUCGCAGUUCUUACUGUUUGAAUUUUUAUAAAUUUCUUGACACAGGAUUCAAGGAUUCUCGAACAGAAGGACUUUGAGUUUUCGGUGCAUAGUUUCAUUGUAUUUACGAGAUCAAUAAAUUAGGUUUAGACGUCAUGUUUGUUUGUGCGUCCUGUAAACGUUGCUAUCAUUUCUGCGGUAAACAAUGGAUUCGGAUCCAGAUAAAGCAGUUCAAAUUGACUAGCUUCCUUUAGAAUACCGGUAAAAAAAACCCAUCUAUCUUCAAUGACGAUUUCAAUUUUCAAGUAGCAACCUCUCUUCUAUGAGUGAUUGUAACACGAUGGUUUGUUCACCUUUCUCAUAUUUGAUGCACAUUAUUUUUAGGUCUGCUAGUAAAGCAAUUACUUUUGGAUGCAGAGCGAAACGACGAGUUUCGGUAACAUGUCCUCAAUAAUUUCUUGGCUACUUUUUUCUUUUCAACACCUUUUUUUCUUUUCUUUCUAUUUUUUCAUGUUUGUUUUUCUCACUCCAAUGAAUUAGACUUACUUUAACUUUAAUUACUGUUUAUAGUUGCAUGUACGACAACACGAAAGGUAUCGUGUUCUACAGCACACCACACUUGGGCUCAGCCUUAGCCUCUUAUUCGUCUCAGGCCCGUCACCUGAUCCUCCCAUCCGUGGAAGUGAAAGAAUUGUGCCAAAGUAAGUGCUUUUUUUUGUUCUUUCCCUCUUCGAUAAACACAAAAGAUUGCUACUUUCGGCGAAAAAUUGUCUUGGUACUGUUGUUAGAUGGGGCAUUAAAUGGACAACAUGACAAUCGGAGACCCGCCCUCACAACCUUACCAAUGUAGACUUGUUUAUUAUUUUCUACGGGUAAGAAGCGUUAUAGGGGUUGUUGGGUAAGGGGAAAGCUCGCAUUUUUCGCUUUGAAGUAGGUUCAUAUAAUGUCGGUAAAACGGGAGAACCGUCGUUGAGCUGUUGCAACUAAUUUUCUCGCUGAUUCAGUGAUAUGGGGAUUGACUAAGUGAUUAACAUUUAUUCUGUAGGCUUUUUUGGGGAGGUGCUUUUAGUCUUCAGGAACCGUUACUUUUAGCUUUUCGGUCGUAAUGUGCAUGUUACCUAGUUUCUUUUCAUUCUUUUGUAUAACCUCGUUGUGAUGGCAUCAUGUGCAACUUUCGUAGAAACAGUAGGAAUUUUAUUGCAGGGUUGUCACUAAGAUUUCAAGUUGCCGGGUAUUUGUUGUAAGCAGCCGGGGAAGUCGCAAGCAGUCAUGGAGUCCCCCCCCCCCCCCCCCCCCCCCCCCCCACCCCCCCCCCCACCCAAGAAGUGUUUGAAGUGCAACUUCUACCGUUUUCCAAAAGGCAUUACCGCCCCCCAAAAAGCAAUCUUCAUCAAGAGUACAGCUAUCAUUAGCGGUUUUAUGAUGAUCACGUCUUUAUUAAAGAAGUUUUUACUUUACAUAAAGGCUCGUUGGAGGGUUUUUUUAGUGGCCGCCAAAUGGGAAUAUACAUGUAAGCACCGGGUCUGAAAAAAAUGACAUGAAGGCACCGGUCACGUUAUCUGCGCUGUCUUAUCUUCACGCAGACAAGGCGCAUGCUGGCCAGUGAAGUGUUAAAUCACAACGAUACUUUACAAAAGUUAAAAAUGUGGAAAGGACAAUCGAUUCUUAUAUGGUGCAAAUGAAUUAACAUGCGCUGUAAAAUAAAUUGUAAAUCCUCAUUUAGUUAUACGUAAGAACGAAACAACUUACGGAAAACAAAAGUAAAACUAAUAUUACGAACGAAUUAACCCACGGAGAAGCGGAAAGAAGACAAGCGGAUGAUGAAUGUACGAGAAAGCAUAAGGUUACUAUAGUUUGUUGAAAAAUAAAAGUAUGAUAAGGCUAAAACAAACAUAACGUUUGAAAAAUCGCGGAUAAAAUAUGAUACAACUGGUAACAUUAGUGGUCUCGAAUUUAGAAACGACAAAUCACUUAACAUACGAAGAAACUGACCUACGGAAAAGCGUUUAAGAGACACGGCUAAUACUUAAUAAACGACGGUGAGAUGUCAAAACGAGACUCGAGGAGAAGAAUGCAAAAGUAAUGAGUGCUAAUGCUUAACUUCCCUUUUAUAUACAACUUCUUGGAAGUAGAACUGAGAGGAUGUGAUCAUGACCUGCGGACAAUGAUCGAACAUUUCCCGUUGACCGUGCAUUAUUUUAUAUACUUCGAUAUACUCGAUACCUAAAUCCUGGUCACUUAAAUAUCAAUUUAUUAAACAUAGCAAUCAGUCAUAGUCUUCAUCUUCAAAGCCUUCAUCAUAAUCCUCAUUAUUAUCAACAUAAGCAUUAGGGAGAUUUAACGCUGGGAUGAAGCCUCAACUUCUUCUGUGAUGUCAACAGAGAUCUGCUCAGGUCUUUCAUCGUGAACAAAGAGUGCAGAUUCCUUUGCCUCCCCACAGACGUCCAAUGGGGUUCGUUCGUCACGCAUUCAUUUCUCCCCCACGGACCGUGGGGGAGAAAUGAAUGCCUGACAAACGAACCCCAAAGGACGUCUGCGGGGCGGCUACUUCGACAUGUUCAACACAAAGCCGACACAACGGUUGAAACUAAGGACUUUUAGCAUCGACAAAGGUGAUGGCAGCGAAAACGUCACUUUUAUAAUGAAUUAGCGUUUUUUCCAACUUUGUCGCGUUUAUUUCAAUUCGCUGAAAAUAGCUAAUGUAGGCCAAUUUCCCUCGAGUUGAUUUCUUUGGGACCGCACUCAAGUUUAGAAAGAGAAAGAAAAGUUUGUCGUCGCUUGUUUACGUCCUCCAUAAAACGUGAAACUAGGUAUUUUCACGUCGUAGUCGUGCAGUAACAGAUGUCUUUUUCCGACAUUUCUUACUUUCUUAGUUUUUGCACGCGAGUAUUUCAAUUAAGCCUGCUGCAGAUGAAACUUGCAUUUAGUUUGAAGGAUAGUCUUUGUGUGUUUCAAAGGUGUGCUCUUUUGGUUUAAUUUAACGACGAAAGUAGCCGAAGGCCAUGCUCUGAGUAGCCAGGGGAAAUCCCCGGCCCCCGGCCCUUAGUGACAACCCUACAUUGUGUGUGUAAAAAAGAAUUGAUUGAAGCGGUACUAAAUUGAGAACUGCGGACAGUGUUAGCGAACACAAACUCUUGGUUUGCCUCGCAAUGUGGUACUAAUAGCGAACAAUUACCUCAUCUAAUGCUGUCCAGCAACAGUUAUUCCUUGACUGCCUUGGAGUCAUCUUCUUGAACAAUUUUCAUUAAAAUGUUCUAGGUUAAAGGAGUAUACAGUAUACUAUCUAUGCUUAGGAUAUACUUUUUAUGCUUCUUUUUGUGACAGAAUCGCCUUUCCUGGCUCGACUUCAUGAGAAUUUUCUGGACUUGGUAAAACGCCACCCUAUAAGGCUACUCAGUUAUGGAGAGACUGUACCAAUGCAGCUCACGUGGAUGUUCCAAACGGUGCUUGUCACCAAUGAUUCUGCAGGUGAGUGGCCAUCACUAACCGGCGUCAGAUAUUACAGACCUUAAGCGUCAGGUUUCUCUUGGGAAACGGAAAAUUGUAAAAUGCACUUUGCAGUUACGCGCUUGCAGAUUUCGAAAUUUUGUUCAAAUUUCGAAUUUUAGCAAAACGUUCGUUGUUUAGUGCCGCCAUGUUUUUUUUCGUCAAUAGGAAGAGCUUCACUUUGAUCGCCUAAAAAACAUGAAGAGUUCAUUGAUUCGAAUUCAAAUUUUAAGUAGCACAUUCCAGGUGGAUGAAGAAACAUAUUUCGUGCCUUUAAAGGUGAGGCUGUGCAAUUCAUAAUGGCAAAAAAUUCUUGUCUUAAAUCAUUUACCGCUGGAAGCCCUUCCUAGCGUUCAAACGUGAACUGCAAACUGCAAGCAUGAUCGCAACGCCAUGGUCACGAGACAUCCUUAAGUUUUCCGUUUGCCGUUAACCACAAAAACCUGAUGCUUAAGGUGUCUAUUGUAUCCAGUGACAACCAGUCUUUUGAUGCAUUUUGUUUAGUCGUUAAUCAAAAAUCCAUUUUCAAUUCUUAAGUCAUCCAAGAAUGGAGCCAUCUUGCUUGCUUGAUUCGUCUUUGGAUGUUUGAAUUCGUGUUCAUGUGUCUUUCCAUUCAACAUCAAAUCUUGCGCCCAUUAUUUCAUUUUUUUCCUUACAAGCGUGCGUCUAUCUAUGUAUCCAUUAUUUCCCAUUAGUCAAUCAAACUGGCGUCAAUCAUCUUGUGUUAGUCUCUUUGUGAAAAGAAAAAGUAUCUACAGCAAACGCUCAAAUUUGAUUGCAUUUGUCAUUGAAGAAGAAGUAACGUUAAGCAUCAGUUAUAAAUAUAGAUGGCUAGAGGAUUUGAUUAUCCUUUUUACCCAGCAGUUACGCGUUAAUAUCCCUAUGGUUCGACUAUUAACCAUAUACGUUAUUACCGGUCUUAAUUUUCGCACACCGGUGUCAAAAAUCAAAUCACAAACACGAGGGAACCGGAGCGCUUUUUAUUUAUUGAUUUUCUUUGUCGCUCUUUAUAGAUCUGGGUGUGGGGGAAUUUGUACCCCUGGACGUAGACCAUGUGGAUGUUUGCAAGCCCAGUAGCCAAACAGAUGAACGGUAUCUGAGGACUGUUCAGUUUAUACGAGAGAUUCUAUCAAAUUAAUUAUACAGAAGAUAUUUUAAUUUAUUGAACAUGAUGUUUAUUAAUUCUUGCAUUGCCUACUUUGUCGACAGUGGCUAAUGAGUCAAUCGUGCUCUGAAAUUUUUUCUUGGUCUACAAAGACCGUAAAAUAGUUUCUCCCUUAAAUUGAUGCGAUAAGCCCUAACAAGAAGUUCGGAUGUAGAUCAUCACUUGUUUUCUAUUUCUUCGUUCUUUCGACAUUGUAACUUUUUUUCUGACCUG